UGUUGUUUGACCACCAUGUCGAGUAGAGCAGGCGGCCUGUACGGCGGUAUCCAAUUCUCUUCUGGCGCAACUUUCAGUCUUUCUUCAUCAUCUACAUCCGCCUCGCCUGCACUACCGACACCUGCACAUAAAGUAGAGAAAGUCGAAACUCCUGCAGCUCUAGAGGCUGUUUCAGCAACAGCAUCAACUAACACAAGCAACGAUGGAUUCAAGGCAGAGGAUGGAAGUAUUGGAGGAACAGAAUCUGGGUCUUUAGGAAAGCUUUCAGCCGGGUGGUCCGCUGCGCUUGCGUUCGCUCCCGUUCGUCGUGCGCCAGCAAAACCCAAGCCCGCCUUAACCCGCCUUCCCUUGGGUGCCACGGCCCUACCCACUCCUGCAACAGCUACGAUUUCCGCCGCCACGUCAGCUUCGGGCCUUUCUGCGACAGCCGUCGUCUUCGCUCCCCCAGAACUAGUGACUACGGAUCAACAAGAAGAAGUCAAGGACGACACCGCCCAGAAGGACUCUGCAUGGCGCAAAAAGGAAAGCUGGGGCAAGAAAGUCAAACCUCCAUCCAUGGUACUCGAUGAAGAUGUGAAUGGCUUCAAGGCUCAACACAAACGCAGGGCCGGUGGAGGGGGUGGAAGGAAGGGGAAGAAGAAUAAGAAUGCCCCAGUCGUGGCGGUAUGGGAUCCCUUGGAGUCUUACGACGCUCUCAAGCCAAAUGACUACAACGAAUAUAAAAUAUGGAAGCAACGUGACCGCGUCGAGCGGGCAUCCGAACGUGCGGCUGAAAGGAAGCGUGCUCGCGAGGCCCUCGACAGAGGAAGCGAUCACACAGGUAGCGACAGUGAAGGCGAACGUCCAAAAAAGAGUGGGAGAUUUGACAACGGGUCUUUCGAUAAGUGGUCUCGUGCAGAUGACGAACGUCCCCGUGGACUUGGUGCCUUUACUCCCCCAGUCCAGGUGGAUCGUAAUAUGUCAGGGGAAGAGGCCUUUCAGCGGCGACUUGCAAUGUCUGCUGGUGCUGCCGUUGGAGUACCGUCACUGACACCUGCCCCUGUUGACCAUAACAUGUCGGGUGAUGAGGCCUAUCAGCGCCGCCUUGUCAUGUCCUCGGGAGGUAUCCGCCCGCCCGCGUUCUCUGCAUCCGCUUCCCCUCUCCGUCAACCAUCUCCGGGCGGCGCCGAUGACGAGGACAGCAUCCCUGGGUUGUCAUCGAGUAUUGAGCCGUCUAUUCCCCAAAAUCGUGAUGAGACAGGGGAAGAGGCGUACCUACGUCGCCUAGCAAUGUCAUCGAAGCUCCGUCCUACAGCUUCGCCUUUUGAGCCAUCAAGCCUGCCACCUGCUCCUCCCCCGCAGCCAACGCAACCGGCAACAUCCGUGCCUCCGCCGCCUUCUCCCCCUCCGUUGGCAUACAACCCCUUUGCUCCACCGGCGAAUAUUCCACCACCACCUCCCCCACCAUCUUCUCAAAUACCAGCUACGUUUGAAGACAGGGCCAAGGCUGCUGCAAGUAUCGCAGCGCGCCUUAGUGCGCUUGCCGCAACUGCAGGUGGGUCGGGACUAGGAUCAAGCUUACCUGGUCCACCACCGCAAGAAGAGGCUCAAACUCGCCCUGAUCCGCAGGGUUUUGCAGCUCGUUUGAUGGCUAAGUGGGGGCACAAGGAAGGUCAAGGUCUUGGCGCCGAUGGAAGCGGUAUUGUGAACGCUCUCACUGUCGAGCAAGUCGCUGCCCAAGGUAAAGGCAAGAAGGGUCAAAAUCAACCGCAGGGUCAAGGCAAAGGCAAACCCGCAAUGGGUUCAAAGAUGGGUCGGAUCAUCAAUGACAACGAGGACGCAAAGAGCCGCGAAGACCGUGUAAGGUUUGGGGAGCCCAGUCGUGUAGUGGUGCUAACCAAUAUGGUUGGACCGGAAGAUGUGGACGAUGGCGAUCUGAGAGAUGAAAUUGGUGAGGAGUGCUCGAAGAAUGGAACCGUCGAGCGAGUUAUUGUACAUCUGACUCAUCCUCUGCCGGCGGAACCAGAGGAAUCUGUCCGCAUAUUUGUAUUGUUUGCGGGCCCUUCUGGUGCGUGGAAGACCGUGAGGGAGUUGGAUGGCAGGUACUUCGGAGGGAGGGCUGUGCGGGCGAGAUACUUUUCAGAAGCUGCUUUCUCUCGGCAUGAUUUGGAUGUCUCAAUCGUCUAGUCAGAUUAGUAUGGGUGAUGUUUGGUUUAUUUAAUGUAAUUCGACCUUGCUCUGAUCAUGACUGAAAUGUGUGUUAUCCUGCUUAGAACAUCGUUAGCACUGGAAGUACUUUUGCCAACCUCUAAAAAGUCUAUAUGUACAAGUGGUCGACAGCAUGUUUCAUUCUAUUUUAUCUUUCUGGA